AUGGUCGGUUUCUCCACGACUCCGCACGGUCCAUUUGGUGUUUGCGACACAGGCAUUCCUUCUGAUACUGGCCAUAGCUACGUCACUCUGCUACUCAUACACGGAUUUGCAUGGCACGGCGGAAACUUCGCUCGACUUCUUCCUCACGCAUCGUCCUACGGGAUCCGCAUCAUCCUCCUCAACCGCCGCGACUACCCCGGCUCCUCGCCUCUCACCGACGAUCAGCAUAGCAGACUACACCAAUCACUUUCGGACGACGAUGACUCGCGUGCCAAUAUCCAGCAGCACAUGAAUGAGCAGGCGAAGGAACUGUACGAUUUCCUGGAGGCGUUUGCCCGCGAGGAGAAGCUUGCCCCGCGGAGCAUGAUAGUCGGCGGUUGGUCAUUUGGUUCGGCCUGGAUCACCGCGAUUCUAGCAUACGCGUCCUCUCUCCCUCUUCGGGAGGAUGCAGAUCCGCCAUCCCUUGGAGAGUACGUGAGAUACAUCCUUCUAUACGACCCUCCCUAUCACGCCCUAGGCUAUCCUCCUCCUCCCAAUCCCUACCGUCCCCUCAGCGACCCUUCCCUCACCCCCGAAGAAGGCAUCAAGAUCUUCCCAGCCUGGGUAUCCGGGUACUAUCACCACCCUGCACUCGAGUCUGACUCUUCCCCUGGCUCUGGCUCUGGCUCCGAUUCUGCCUAUAUCCCGAACUCCCCAUCUGCGCUCGAAUGCCGCACACCGCUCGACCAUCCGAAGCCUACGAUACUCACGAUGUCAGAAAACGAAAUUGCCGCGGGAUUGUUCACGCCGCCCGGCGCACCGGGAGGGUCGGACGAUGUGGUGGUACGUGCGGGGGAGAAACACGGGCUGUACGCACUUCUGAGGGAACGAGCGGUAUACCUCGACGGUGAAGAGCAUACGAGCAAUGGGGCGUCACCACAGAGUGGAGGGUGGAGGGAUGUAGGGAUCAGGUAUCUGUGGUGCGAUCAGUCGGCUUGGCAGGUUCCUUGGGGGAUGUGGGCGAUGCAGGGAGAGAUUCGGGAGGCUGAAGCAGCGGGGAGGAGGAUGAGGGAGGUGGAGGUGGUGAGGUUGAGUGGGGCGAAUCACUUCGCGCAUUGGGACCAGCCUGAACGUACUUUGAAGGCGAUGCUGGCGGAGAGCGAGUAG